UUCAAAUUAACAUUGUUUACAGAUUUCUGUAAUUUUUUAAAAUCUUUUUUGAUUGUGUACUCAAGUCUUAUUUGAAUUGUAGCCUUUUUAAUAAAAAUAAAUUAAAUAAUUGUUUUUAAAGAAGAAAAAAGUGGUAUUUAUUUAUCUCGUGAAUUUUAAAACUGUCAUUUCCGGUGAUUAUUUUUUUUGUUUGGUUUUUGUUUUGUCAUAGUGGGACCAUGACAUCCUUCGAUAUUUUCAUAUAUAUGAUGAUAAACUUGCACAAAAUUAUUAAAGGUUGAGAAACUAAUAUGAAACCAUAUUUCAAGGUGUUUCCAAGUGUUGUAUUAAAUUACUUUGCAACUUUUGUGGCAAUUCAUGCGUCAUUAAAUUAAACUCACCGAACUAAAAUUAUGAUUUAUAGCCGUCUGUGAGAUCGUACUCGUGGAAAAUUUAAAAUUAUUAAAAAUAAAAAUACAAUUAUCAAUGAUAAGCAACAAUAAACUGUUUAGAAACGUUUUGACAGCCCGUUUUGUGCCUGUAAACUGCGGCAGUAAACGAGAAAAAAUUUUUUUUGAUAAAACUUUAUCUUGAAAUUGUUUACAAUUCGAAUCUCGAACAGAUGCCACUUAAAAUAGAUAGAUGUUGGUUGUAAAUAGAUAUUUUCAAUGAAAAUUAUUAAAUUAAUAUGGAUUAUAUAAGAAGAGUUAAAGAUCUUUUUAAAUCACAAAAGACACCAUUUGAAUCCAAAAUAGAAUCAGAAAUUGAGCAUAAAGAACGAUGGAGAUCGAUUUAUAUUAUUUAUUUCACCAUGUUUCUUAUUUCAUUAGGAUUUAGUAUUAUUUUAACCGGAGUUUGGCCGUAUUUAGAUAAAUUAGAUCCAACAGCUGGAAAAGAAUUUAUGGGUUACAUAGUAGCAGCAAAUCCAUUCGGCCAAAUGCUUUUUUCACCGUUAGUUGGAUGGUGGAGUAACAAAUUAGGUUCAAUUAGAAUCCCAGUUUUAUUAUCGCUACUUGUUUUUACAAUCGCCAGCGGAACGUAUUCAAUUCUAGAAUUAUUUCCUAUUACUCAAAGAAAACAUUGGAUGUUAUGGACGAGAUUUUUAGUAGGAGUUAGUUCAGCAAAUAUUGCAGCUUGUAGAUCAUAUUUAUCGGCAGCGACAACUAUAAGCGAACGCACAAAAGCGAUUUCAAUGAUUUCAUUGUGUCAAGUUUUGGGAUUUAUAAUCGGCCCGGCUCUUCAAACGCUUGCUGUACCAUUUGGAGAUGAAGGAAUCGAAUUUUUAAAAUUAAAAAUAAAUAUGUACACAGCCCCCGGAUGGUUGAACGUGUUCCUAUCAAUUUUCAACUUUAUCAUUUUCCUUCCAUUUUUUUUUAAAGAAAGAAAAAUUGCUGCUAAAGAAGCAAUGUUAAAACAAGGCGCAAAAACUGAAAAAGAAACUUGGAAAGGAAUAAAACCAGAUUAUUUAUCAGCUUGGACUUUAAUAGUAGCAUUUUUUGUAAUCGUCUUUAAUUUUAUGCUGUUGGAAACGUUAGGAUCUCCAUUAACUAUGGAUCAAUUUGCUUGGAGUAAAGCGGACACAGUUUAUUAUAUGGGUUUAUUAAUGUCUGUUGGAGCAGUAAUCGCAUGCGUUUGCUUUGCGGCAAUUAGUCCUUUAUGUAAAAUGUUUCCGGAAGUUAAAGUGAUGAUUUGGGGUGGAUUUCUCUUCAUGGUUUUGGGACGAGGCGUUUAUAUCCCAUGGGGUGAAACGAAUCCGACCAUUUAUAAUUCAACGUCUCGUUUAACACCCUUUCACGAUAAACUACUCUGUUAUAAUCACAAUAUGAACAUCACUAAUACGUUUAACAAAACAAAAUUUGAUUUAAAUCAAUCGAAUUUAAAUUUUAAUGAGUCUAAUUUAAAUUUAUUGGAUUGUAAUAAAUUAGUUGAAUUGGUUGGUUGUCCAUCUAAUCAAAAAUGGUGUUUUACAACGAGAAAAAUGACUCUGUUUCAAUUUUUGUUGGGUUAUGGAUUAACUGCCGUUGGUUAUCCGAUUGGUGUUACGUUGAUUCAAACGAUUUUUUCGAAAAUUUUAGGGACAAGACCACAAGGUCUUUGGAUGGGGUUAAUGACUGGAUCUGGGUGUUUUUCGAGAGUUUUAGGUCCUGUAUUUGUAACAUACAUUUACACUGAAUAUGGACCAAAUUGGACGUUUGGAAUAACAGCUGUAAUGAUGAUAAUGAUUACGGUUUGGUUGCAAAUUUUUAAUAAUCGCUUAGAACCUAAGAAAUUUCAAGAAGUCGUUCAUGAUGAUGAUGGUGAGGAAAUGAUUGAAAUUGAAAAAUUGGUGGAAAUUAAGAAAGAAGAUGUGGUGACGUAACAUAAAAAAGUACAAAAAGAAGGA